AUGCGGCAGCACGUUUUCUGCUGCUCCCCGCCCAUAUUUCCCAGCGGAGCUCCCCGGGGCGGAGGGACCCGGACCACGGCUCCGCUCGGGGUGGGCGCUGCCGAAGGGCGCGGGGAUGCGGCGAAAGGCGGCCCUGGCACUGUGCUCUCCGCCCCGCGGGGAUGCGCGCAGCGGCGCGGGGGAGGGAUCGCGCCUUGCUCCCCCCAGAGCUGCGGCCCCGGCCCGGCCCCGCCGCCCGCCUCCCUCCCUGCCCCGCUGUCAGAGCCGGCCGCCCGCGGGGCAGCGGGGCACGGCGGGUGUGCGGCGUCUCCCUGCGGUGGCUGCUUUGGUACCGAGGGCGGCGGCUGCGCCCCACGCGGGGUCCGUCCGUCUAUCCAUCCAUCCAUCCAUCCGUCCGUCCAUCACUGCGUGGGCGGCGGCUCGUGUGUGUGUGUGACUGACAGUGCGGCGCGCACAGCGCGGGGCAGCCGCCCCUCGCAGCCUGCCGGGGCCACGGCGGCGCGCCGCGGCUGCGGCAGCCCCUUCUCCGUCCCCCGGAGCCCUCCCCAGUGGGGGCGACCUCAGCGGCCUCGCUGCUCGUCCUCCUCCUCCCUCCUGGCGGGGCAAGUUUUUCAGAUUCAGGAGAGAAUACUUUGUCACGUGUUUGUAAAGCAGCCAGGUCUCUACAGUCUCUGGGCAGAUUCUGGCACUGUACUCAUAAGGAGCACUCAUGGUGACAGAGAACACAGCACAUUGUAACUACAGGACUUUCACUCGACUGUGAAAGAUCUCUAUCAAGCCUCACAGAGAAUUUGAGGCAGCUGGCAGUUAUCAGCUGAAGCAGGUAGUCAGUAGAAGUGUAGAAGAUAAAUAGAUAAUUGAAAGCCAAUCUGGAAACCUGGGAGAGAUAAUAAGCCUCUCUUCUAGAAGGGAGCCAACAACUCAGAAAAUAUUUUCCUCCCGAAGUUCCUCACUUCAAAUGGAUGCAUUUUAGAGCUUCUCUUAUCUGAUGUCAUGAUCUUUUUCUACUGAAAUGGGGUUGCUCCAUCUCUACAACAUAACAAUGGCCAUGAACAAAGACUGGUUCAUAGGUGUUCUUUUCUGCUUCCAAGGAAAAGGAUGGGCAAAGGAGGAGCAUAAUUUGCAUUGCCUCUCUUCAGAAGGGAAUUUACAGCUCUAGUCUUGAGUUAAACAGCCAUUUAUGCUGAAGAACAUGUAGCCCAGAGCUCUGCCUGUCAUCUUUGUGUAUGUGUGUAUGCCUGUGUGCCUGUGUGUGCCAAAAGAAUAGUGCCUGCUUUGAAAACCUUUGCUUCUGUCACAUAUUUCCUAAAUUGGACAUACAGGUAGUCUCAAUAAAAAAUAACAGCUGUCUUAGAAAUAUUCAGUUGCCUAGAUUUUGAUAAAGUACAAUAUCAAUUCAAGAAUUUUUCUUCUGUUCUUCUGAAAAACUAUUAUUAACAAAAUUGAAAGUGAAAAAUGAGUCUGUGAGGCCAGACUUGCUCCUAAAUACAAUUUGCUCUUACCACUCUGGUAUUACUGUUAUGGCUAUUAUGACAUUUCUAUGAAUAAAAAAUUUAUAUUAUAAGAAGAUCUAUUUUCAUUCCAAGUGAUACUUUUUCAUUUUUCCCUAGAAAUAUUCAACUAGAAUAUUGUAAUAAUAAUAAUUUACAAUAAUUACCUGUUUUUUAUGUUGCAAUGGUUUUUUUUCUGUUAGACACUCUGAUACACACAUUCAUACAUAUAUAAGCAUACAUAUAUAUAUUCAUAUAUAUUUUUAUAUUGUUUUGAAUCUGCAAAUUUGAAUUAGGAAAUCAUAUAACUGCUGCAAACAGAGCAAGCAAUUCUUGUUGCAUCAAAAAAGACUCAAUAUACAAACUAUGAUAAUUAUAAUAACAUUUCUUUACAGUGAAAAGAUUAACAUUUCAAAUAUUAUGUUACCGUGACAAGAUCCCCUUUGCAAUGUGCCUUUAUACACUUCUUCUAUCUUUCAGAACCUCACUUCUCUGUAAAAAUGCUGUCAAAGAAACAAAUGCAGUAUGUUUUCAAGUAACCCUGCAAUCAUUAUGUGUAGAGCUCAGAAGCAGAUCAGAGAACUAUAGAAGUAAAAGAGAAAGUAAAUCCUUAUGUUCUUUCCACAUAUGAGGCUCUAGGAAGCAUAUGAUUGAAUAAAGAAUCGAGCUGCAGUGAUUAGAUGUCAAUGAGUUACUGCAGAUGAGCAGAAUUUCUGUAAACCAACAAGACAGUCAAUCAGUUUAAGCUUGCAGGUGUAAUCUCAGAGGACAACCUGUACCUCACAGAAGAUUUAACCUUCUGCCAUCAUGAAAGUAAUUCACUGGUUUAUAGUUCUAGAUGGUGAAUGCCAUAAUCUUAUGAAGAUUACAUGGAAUUGCAAAAUUUCACAGCAACUGGGUUUGGUUUUCUUUCUCUCUCUCUCUCUCUCUCUUUCUUUCUUUCUUUUUCUUCCCCAUAGGAAAACAUUGCAUUUUACAGGACAAACAUUAAGUGCUUACGUAGUCUAAUAAAUAGUUUACAGGGAAAAUAUUAAAUCAGUUUUACAUUGAGAUGGUCUGGGAUAGUUAGAAGACAUUUACACUUGUAGCAUCCUCUUUCUUUGGUGAGUGGAAAGGACUUCUUAGAUACAAUGUCUGAAGAAAAACUAUAGAGAUGUCAUUAGAUACAGUAUCUGGAGAAAAACAGUAUCUGGUAUCUAGAGGAAUGUCACAGUAGGGAAAGAUUUGAGGAAUGCAAUGAGCAAGGCAAUCAGGAUUAGCAGGAUAGCGGGCUGCACAGAACAAUGCAUUUUGCUGAGGUUUUUCUCAGUUGAAGAACUCCCUCAAGAAACUCAAAGUAUGGCUGUAAGGCAUUCAUGAAUCAACAUUUACAAUCAAUACCCUUACCUGAGGCAAGGGAGCAAACCAGAAAACAAGACUGUCCAAAAUGUGUGCAUCAUAGUAAUUGAAGGAGGUGGCCAAUGGUUUUGUUUGAACCCUACACUUCGAACUGGAAGAUUCCUUGAUCCUGGCUAGUAGAACUUGGAUUAAUAACAACAAAAUAUUGAUGGCAUGUCUGCCAUUAUAAUCCAACAUGAUAAAAAUAGGGGAAAUAUUGUUAAAGUUUAUGACUUGACAGUUUCCAAUUAACAGUUGAUUAUUUUGUUUAAAAAAAAAAAUCUGGGGAAUAAAAAAGCUAACCUUG